AUGUGGGGAACCGAGGCAAUCGUCACUUCACCAUUGCUGCAGGUGGGACUACGAAGACGCUGGAUAACCCUGCCCUGCGGACCUGAGCUCCGCCCCGCGCCCCUCUCUCGCUCACCGGGGGUCCCUUGUUGCACCACCUGGAGCCCGGAGGCGGCGGAUGACCCCUCUGCUGUCCAAGGGGGCGAGGGAGGGACGGUCCCCGUGAGAGCUAAGCAGUUGCGGGCAGAGCACACGGAGGGGUUGCUUAGGAGCCGGGGCACCGAGGGGGCAGGCCGAGGGGGCGUGCAGGCGUCGGAGACGGGAAAGGACGACGACAUCCGGGCGAGGACAGCCACCCCGGCUCUGAAGAUGCCCGAGGACCGGGGGGCGCUGGAGAGUCCCCGGGAGGGGGGCCUGUCAGGGCCCAUGGAGUCACCAGGGUCUCCGGGACUCCGUCGGGGCUCCGUGCGCGCCAGCGUCCCGCAGAAGCUGGCCGAGGCGCUGAGCAGCCAGUAUGGGCUGAACGUGUUUGUGGCCGGGCUGCUGCUGCUGCUGGCUUGGGCCGUGCACGCGGCGGGCGUGGGCAAGCUCGCCCUACUCUGCGUUCUCACCGCGCUCAUGCUGUUGCAGCUGCUCUGGAUGCUCUGGUACAUGGGCCGCAGCGCAGCGCAGCGCCGCCUCAUCAGCCCCAAGGAUACGCACGCCGGCGCGCGCUGGCUCCGCGGUAGCAUCACACUCUUUGCAGCCAUCACUAUCAUCCUAGGAUGCUUUAAAAUCGGAUACUUCGUGGGAUUUUCGGAAUGUUUGUCAGUCACGGAAGGCGUUUUCCCUGUAACACACGCAGUGCAUACUUUCUUGCAGGUGUAUUUCCUUUGGGGACACGCAAAGGAUGUCAUCCAGUCCUUCAAGACACUUGAGAGGUUUGGGGUGAUCCACUCGGUGUUCACAAACCUGCUUCUCUGGGCCAACAGCGUCCUGAACGAAUCAAAGCAUCAACUGAAUGAGCACAAGGAACGGCUCAUCACCCUGGGCUUCGGGAACAUAACGAUAGUCCUAGACGACCACACCCCCCAGUGUAACUGCACGCCCCCGACUCUCUGCUCGGCCAUCUCACACAGCAUCUACUACCUGUACCCCUUCAACAUAGAGUACCAGAUCCUGGCCUCUACGAUGCUCUAUGUCCUGUGGAAGAACAUCGGACGCAAAGUUGACAGCCAUCAGCAUCCGAAGAUGCAGUUCAAAUUUAAUGGGGUCAUGGUGGGCUCGGUCCUGGGCCUGACCGUGCUGGCCACCACCAUUGGGGUUGUGGUGGUGUACCUGGUUCAGAUCGGACGGUCCAAGACGAAGAGCGAGUUGGCGCUCCUCAUGUUCUACCUGUAUGCCAUCUCCCUGCUUGUGCUCAUGGGGGCCGCGGGGCUGGCCGGCAUCUGGAUCCACAGGAUCAAUGAAAAAUCCCUUGAUGAGUCCAAGAACCCAGCCCGCAAGCUGGACGUGGACCUCUUGGUGGGCACGGCCUCCGGCUCCUGGCUCAUUUCCUGGGGUUCCAUCUUGGCCACCCUCUGUGCACAGACCUGUCCCCCCCACACCUGGUACAACCUGCCCUACUCCAUCCUGGUGAUUGUAGAGAAGUACAUCCAGAACCUCUUCAUCAUCGAGUCCAUCCACCGGGAACCCGACAAGCUCUCGGAGGGCAUCAGGACCCUUCGGGUGGUCACCGUCUGCAAUGGCGACCCCACCUCCUUGGCUCCUUCCUGCCUCAAGAGUGCAAGUGUGGCCGGGGAGGUGGCUCCCCAUGAUGGGCAGAUGCUACAUGCUGUCAAUGGAAACCUGUGUCUGAGAGAAGGUGGUGACAAGGAGGAAGAGGAGGGGAGUGUGGAAGGGACCCUGGGCCCAGCCUGUCACCCCCACCUCUUGCAGGGCUGCACAGAGAGGAAGGUCCUCAGGAACAUCACAGCCUUUUUGUUCCUCUGCAACAUCUCGCUUUGGAUACCCCCCGCUUUUGGCUGCCGCCCAGAGUACGACAAUGGAUUGGAAGAGAUUGUCUUUGGCUUUGAACCUUGGAUAAUUGUGGUCAACCUGGCCAUGCCCUUUUCUAUUUUCUACCGAAUGCACGCAGCUGCCUCCCUCUUUGAGGUCUAUUGUAAGAUUUAG